UACUCGUAUUUACUUGUAUCGGAACAUUCCUAAUAACAUUUGUUAUCCGAUUAAUAGCGGUUGAUAGCUCGGAAAAAAGAGAUAAAAUGUCGGAAAAUAAGAAAAUUGAUCUAUCUGGUGAUGGUGGUGUGCUGAAAGAAAUAAUUAAGGAUGGACAAGGCGACGAGCAUCCGUUGAAUGGUUGUAAGGUUUCCUUACACUAUACGGGAAGAUUAGUCGAUGGAACCGUGUUUGAUUCGAGCGUGGAACGUGAACCGUUUGAGUUUGAUUUGGGAAAAGGACAUGUCAUCAAGGCCUUUGAUAUGGGCGUGGCUACAAUGAAAUUAAAUGAGAAAUGCUUUCUCACAUGUGCUCCUGAAUAUGCUUACGGUGUAGCUGGAAGCCCACCUAGUAUUCCUCCCAACUCAACACUAAUAUUUGAGUUGGAAAUGCUUGGAUGGCAUGGUGAAGAUGUCAGCCCUAAUAAAGAUGGUAGCAUCGAGAGAUACAUUAUCGAAAGUAGUGAUAAAAAGCGGUCGCCUGGUGAAGGAGCUCUGGUUAAAGUUCACCUAACUGGCAAGUAUAAUGGAAAUACUUUUGAAGAUCGCGAUGUGGAGUUUGAUUACGGCGAAGGAUGUGAUUGUGAGGUUAUCGAAGGUGUUGAAAUUGCACUCGAAAAAAUGACGGUGGGCGAAACAUCAAGAUUAAAAAUCCAUGGAAAGUAUGCCUUUGGAAUCAAAGGAAAUGAUCAUUUUAACAUUCCUCCAAAUUCCACCGUCGAAUACAUAGUCAAGCUGAUUGAUUGUGAAAAGGUAUAUAUGUAUAUACAUAUACAUACAGUCAAUCAAUAAAGUUUAGGUACAGCGAUUUUUUUGCAAU